AUGACCCGCUGAUGGCUCGGAUGCCAAGUCCACGACCCUCCGAUGACCCUGGCACUGAGGCCGGUCUUCGUUCACCCUGGAUCUCUUGCUCCGCCGCCGGGCGCCGCAACCCAAACCUGCUCCGCGCACCCGCUCGCGCGCCAAAUCCCGCCACCGCUCGCGCACCCGCUCGCCUGCCAAAUCCCGCCGCCGCUCGCGCACCCGCUCGGGCGCCAAAUCCCGCCGCCGCUCCCAGGCUUGGCUCCCGCGCUCGCGCGCCAAGCCCCUGCCACCGCCAAAUCCCUCUGCCGCGCUCGCGCCGCUUCCAAUUUCCCUAUGCCGCUCCAAAUUCCCCCUGCGUCGCUCCCAAUCCCCCCUGCGCCUAUAUCAUCUGCUGCGACCGCCGGUCGAUUUCCGUUUCCCCAAGCUCCCGCACCCAAAUCCCUCUGCCGAACAUCUGCUCGUCGAGAAGGAAGGCCACCGGUGUCGACCAGGAACAUGUCCCGGCGGGGGAAGUCUUUGCCCAAGCUCGACGGGGUCCCGGCGAAGCGCAGCCGCGGCACAUCCUCUUCUCCAACCAACACAAUUCCUCCGGCACCACAACUGCAGACUGCAUCGCCAACCCCAGCACCAACUGGUCGAUCUUGGCCCGGAUGUGGAGUUGGAAGCGGUCCUAGUUCUUCUUCUCCUGGAAACGAAGUGCCAAAUCCAUGGGGUGGUGUGCAUCUGUUGCUCAGUCUGAGAAAGAGAAAUCGAAGAGCGCACAUGUUGACAUUAGUGAUGACACCGAAGAACGUCCUAUUGGCAAAGCAGCAGCGAAGACAGAACGCAAAGGGAAGCGGAAGGCGGAACAAGUUAUGGAUGGCAUUGUCCUCCUUGGAGAUAACAUAACCAAAAUAAUUGAAGUAACAGAAGAGCGUAAGAAGGAGCGUGAGAAGGUGACAGAGGCGCAACUUGAGAUCUCAAGGCUUAACCUGCAGGCUGCACAGGAGCAAAAGGAAGCAAAGUUGAUUGAAGCUUACAAUUAUUUGCUGGUUCGAGACACAAGUAAUAUGUCUGAAGAGGCGAAGGCUAGCCGAGAGAAGACAUUGCAGAAGAUGGAGAAGAAGCUAUUUGGGGUAUUUGACUGGAGAGAAAAAGGUGGUGGCUUUGCUGGUGGCCUGUGUGCGAGCCUAAUUUCAGCAGAAGGAUUUGCAUUUGAACUGUUAUUUUGGUGCCUUCACCAGUGUGGAGAAAUUGAAACAAUAUUUAUCUAUAUUUUCAUUUUAUUGCUGUGAUCCAAUAUAUUUUUGAAUGCUGAUGGCUUGCAUGUGAAACUGGUCUAUAAUAUCAUGUGAAACUGAUUCAUUUUGCUUA